AUGCUCGUGUUCUGCACUAAUUCUGCACUCAAUCCUCUUCUUUUGCUCAUCUGCUCAAAAUCCAUCAGGAGACAAGUGCUGGCAGUUAUUGGUCUGAGGCAUAUGAACUAUACAUCUGAAAAGUUCACAUCUUUAAUCUACAAGAACCCGCUGGCUAUAAGAAGCAACACGAAUAUUAUGAUACCAAGUCCUGUGAUGAGCGCUCAGGUUCAGAUCUGUAGCAGCCCAACAAAUUCCGCAUCUUCCACACAC